AUGGAUGUAGACAUACUUUCGCUCUGGGGCUCAGUGGCCUCCGCCACAGAUCUUGAUGACCUGAUCUCCUCGUGGAGGUCCUUCACGGAACAGGUGACCGACGACACGCUCAAGGAUGAAGCCCCGCUCAUCGCCGAGACGGUGCUGGUGGGGCGACCGCAGGGCAUCGUCGACGUGCUGGAGGCGUCCUUCCGUGCCGACGUCAAGCGGGGCGGCGACGCGCGCUCGAAGCUCCUCGACUUUUUGCAGCAGCUGCUGCGCACCCUUGGGGAGGAGCGCCUCGCGCCCGGGGCGCCCGCGGCCGCCGCGGCGCGCGCCGCCGAGAAGUGCGCCCAGUUUGGGUGGCACGAGGUCGCCGCCAAGGCCAGGGUGUCUGCCCUGGGCGUCGCCUCGCUGCUGCUUGAGUGGCAGCUGGGCGGGAAGCUUCCGCCCGGCUGCCCGCCCUUCGUGCCGGACCCCCUGGCGAAGGCCCAGGAAUCGAGGUGA